AUGGAGACAGAAAACGGUAGUCCGGGUCUGAAAAAGCCAGUAAGUGCCCAUGCGUCUGCAGCAGAUGACGUUUGCUUUAAAACGGCAAAAGAGCAGUUGUGGGUUGAACAGCAGAAAAAGUAUACCAGUCAGGCUCAGCGCCCUACAGGACCUGGAAUAUAUGGCACCGGUAAGAAGUCACUUGGUGCUGUUCGCUCUCGUGGACUACAUGGAAAGUUUGUGCCUCCAAUUGCUAGGCAAGAUGAAGUUGGCAGUGAGACCAGUGUACCCUCUGAUGAACGUCUAAAAAACAUUGAGCCAAAGAUGAUUGAACUAAUCAUGAGUGAGAUUAUGGAUCAUGGACCGCCACUAAAUUGGGAUGACAUUGCAGGUUUGGAAUUUGCCAAAACUACUAUAAAAGAAAUUGUAGUGUGGCCAAUGCUAAGACCAGAUAUUUUCACUGGUCUUCGAGGACCUCCAAAAGGCAUUCUAUUAUUUGGGCCUCCUGGAACAGGAAAAACUCUGAUAGGCAAGUGUAUAGCUUGUCAGUCUGGUGCCACAUUUUUUAGCAUUAGUGCAUCAUCACUGACUUCCAAAUGGGUGGGUGAAGGAGAAAAGAUGGUCCGUGGUGCUCUUUUUACCGUGUCUCGGUGUCACCAGCCGGCUGUGAUCUUUAUAGAUGAAAUAGAUUCUCUUUUAUCUCAGCGUGGUGAAAGUGAGCAUGAAUCUUCACGGAGGAUCAAGACAGAGUUCUUGGUGCAGCUAGAUGGUGCCACAACUUCCUCAGAAGACCGUAUCCUUGUAGUUGGUGCAACUAAUAGGCCUCAAGAAAUAGAUGAAGCUGCCAGAAGACGACUUGUUAAGAGGCUCUACAUACCACUUCCGGAGGCGUCUGCCAGAAAACAAAUAGUUAUUAACCUGAUGUCUCGGGAGCACUGCAGCCUCACAGAGCAAGAAGUGGAAUCAAUAGUCCUACAAGCAGAUGGUUUUUCUGGUGCAGAUAUGACUCAGCUGUGUCGGGAAGCUGCACUUGGUCCGAUUCGCAGCAUUCAAGGGAUGGACAUUACCACAAUUACUGCUGAACAAGUCAGACCCAUUUCUUCUACUGAUUUCCAGAAUGCUUUCCAAGUCGUGAAGCCCAGUGUCUCUAAGAAAGAUCUGGAAUUGUAUGAAAAUUGGAACAAAAUGUUUGGCUGUGGAAGAUAA